GUUCAACUUUAGACGCGGGCAGAAGGCAAGAGAGUUUCGAUUCGUGCGCUUCCAAAUAUUUAUUUAUACAUUUGUGUUUAACAAGACGUAUAUACAUACUUGUAUUAUAAAUAUUUAUAGAAUCGUGUUUCCAUUAGUUUUUGAAGGAAACGGCUGAUUGACAGCGUGCGGCCUUCAACAUGGAUGCCGAAAUAAUGGACUUCUUUGACUUCACCAAGGAUUUUAAACGCCAGGAAGCACCAUCUGGCUUUAUGGCAAGUGAUCCACACUCUACGACCACCGAAACGUUCAAUUCCAAACCAAUAAAACGUGAAGUGAUCGGCACAGAUUAUGUGUCGGAAAUCGUUGCCAAAGAAAAGCUUCUCAUGUGUGGGCAAUUGAAGGCCGACGAGAUUCCCGGCCAAUACAAUAGCACAAUGGAUGACGUAGACUCCUAUGACGAAAUGGAUGACGAGGAGACAUUCAAAGUACGCCUCGAUGAAGAAUAUUACAAAAAAUACAGAUUCAACUUAAACCGCGACAAGAACUUGCCCAUUUAUGCCAAACGCGAGGAGAUUAUGAACGCCAUAAAUACAAAUCCAGUUGUUAUUCUAAAGGGCGAGACGGGUUGCGGAAAGACUACGCAGGUGCCUCAAUAUAUUUUAGACGAGGGCUUUAAAACUGGCCAAUAUUGCAACAUUGUUGUGACCCAGCCUCGUCGCAUUGGUGCCAUUUCCAUUGCCGAUCGAGUUUCCCAGGAGCGAAUGUGGGAGCCAAACACUGUGUGCACCUACCAGGUUGGUCUGCAUCGUAAACCAAAUACGGAGGACUGUCGUUUACUAUAUUGUACCACCGGUGUGUUGCUGAACCUCCUCAUUCGCAACAAGACCCUCACUCAUUACACGCAUAUUGUGUUGGACGAGGUUCACGAGCGUGAUCAGGAAAUGGACUUCCUACUGAUUGUGGUACGCCGGCUUCUGGCCACCAAUUCUCGUCAUGUAAAGGUCAUCCUAAUGUCGGCCACCAUUGAUGCUCGCGAGUUCUGUGACUACUUUUCCACGAAGGUGUCAAUACCUCCUGUAAUCACCGCCAGCCAUGGUCGAAAGUACUCCAUUGAGAAAUUCUAUCGCGACCAGCUGGGCAAUAUUAAUUGGAAAGACGAUCCGGAAUCGGAAUACAUCCCGCAAAUUCCUGACGAGGCUUACAAGGCGGCGGUAAAGAUAGUCCUUGUCAUUGACAACAUGGAGCGUCAGGCGGAAGUUCAAUCGCAGCUAAGUUACGCCGAUGCCAAGAAGCAGGGUGCAGUGCUUAUUUUCCUGCCUGGUAUUUAUGAAAUCGACAACAUGGCCGAAUGUCUUGGCAAAAUGACUACGGAAGAACCCAGUAUGAAAUUGUUCGUUUUGCGAUGUUUCUCUCUGAUGACUCCGGAUGCACAACGCGAUGUGUUCGCUCCUCCACCACCCGGAUUCCGCAAGGUCAUCUUGGCUACCAAUAUUGCAGAGAGCUCCAUUACAGUGCCAGAUGUAUCUUACAUCAUUGACUUCUGUCUUACCAAGGUGAUGGUCACCGAUACGGCCACUAAUUUCAGCUCGCUCCGGAUGACUUGGGCCUCGAAAGCUAACUGUCGCCAACGCGCUGGCCGCGUGGGACGUCUGCGAAGUGGACGCGUUUACCGCUUGGUACACAAGAACUUUUAUAAGAUUCAUAUGCAGGAGUUUGGAGUGCCGGAAAUGUUGCGCCUGCCCUUACAAAACUCUGUGCUUAAGGCCAAGAUGUUGGACAUGGGUACUCCCAUGGAGCUGUUAGCUUUGGCUAUAUCCCCGCCGAAUUUGACGGACAUUCAAAAUACCGUUCUGUUGCUUAAAGAAGUGGGUGCCCUUUUCCCCACCGUGGAUGGUGUGUACAACGAAAUGGAUGGUGACCUUACCUACUGGGGCACUAUUAUGUCGCGCUUACCAUUGGAUACUCGUCUAGCUCGCCUUAUUAUUUUGGGUUACGUUUUUAAUUUCCUAGAAGAAGCCAUUAUUAUAGCUGCUGGAUUGUCCAUGCGAGGUGUGAGCAGUGAAGCAGGGCGAGGCCGUCUUACAUCCGAUGCCUUUUGGAUGAACUACAUUUUUGCUGAUGGAUCUGGUUCUGACUUAGUUGCCAUUUGGCGAAUUUAUCGAACGUAUGAGAACAUGGUAGCGCAUGGUAUGCAUCAAGAGUCAGCGGAGCCGUGGGCAAGACGAUACCAUGUCUCCUUGCGUGCACUGAAAGAAAUGCGCCUGCUGGUGAAUGAAUUGAAGUCGCGGUGCACCCAACUCGGCAUGACUCCGUUUAAUCUUAGCUCAAGUGAAAUGCCGGACGAUCUGGAAAAGGCACUUCUUCUAAAAGUUGGUAUAGCCGGAGCCUUUUAUCCAAACUAUUUUCUGCGAUCGAAAAAGUCCUGCUUGGACCAAGAACGUGAUGUCUUCCAUGUUAUCUCUGGUCGUGAUCCGUGUCGUACAGUCUACUUUACAAACUUUAAACCCGGAUACAUGGGGGAACUGUACACUCGCCGCAUCAAGGAUAUGUUCCAGGAAUUAAAGAUCCCUCCCGAGAGUAUUGAAGUUACUUUUCAGCCUGGAUCGCAGAAGAUCUUCAUCACAUUCAAGAGCGACGAGUGUGACGCCAACUGCACUCGACUGAUUAAUGUGCCAGGCCUAGUGCUAACCGAUGUCUACAAGUCCAUCAGGAUGAGAUUGUACCAAUCGAGUCGCACAGUGCGCAUGAUGGAUCGAAACAACGCGUUGAUGUAUGUGCAGAAAAAUGGGAUUGGCACUGUUAAAGAGGGCCACUGGAUUCCACCGUCGCGCUCCUUGAACGUGGAGAUGGUGGCUCUGCCGUCCGUUUAUGCUAAGAAGCUGACUGGAUGGAUUACCCAUAUCAAUCACUGCGGCAAGUUCUUCUUUCAACCGCAAUCAUUUGCCAAGUGCAUUCGCAAUAUGUCUGAGAUUAUUAACACGCCGAUGCACUUGGAAUACGAAAUUCAGAAUGCCGGUGUCUUGACCAAGGGCAUGAUGGUAUUAGCCAAGCGGAAUGCAGAUACCUUUGAGCGUGCCACAAUUGUUCGGCCGGAAUCCCAAAGAAACCGUCAGCCAAAGUUCUUUGUGCGUUUUGUUGACUAUGGAGACACUUGUCUUCUGCGCUUAGAUCAAUUGCGUUUGAUGCCGGCAGAACUUCUAAGCCAGUAUGGCGAUUUGCCGCCGCGUGUCUUCGAGUGCCGACUGGCGUUGGUGCAGCCAUCGACGAUGAGUAGUCUUCUUAGUCGAUGGUCCAAGGCCGCCAACGAUAUGCUUCGAGCUGCCAGCAAGCACAAUACCGUUGAGCUAGAGAUAUACUCGUUGGUUCACAAUAUAGCCGCUGUCCUCGUUCACAUACCUGAAGGAUUACUCAACGAAAAAUUGGUGGAGCACAACCUGGCUCGCCGUGCCGACGAGAAUUUUAUGUCUCGCCAGGAUCAUGACUUCCGUAAUCGCAAACAGGAAACCGCGCGCUACAUAUCCAGCCGUGGGAGGCAGCAGGUUAAUGAGGAGUAUUUGCGCUCUUGCCAAAUGCCAGAGGAUCUCGAUUUAACGCCUCCUCCACUGGAAAAGUGCAACAUGAUCGUUACGCUUAAGGGACCAUUUAGUCCGCUAGAAACUUCGAUGUUCUCUACCAUUCGUGUGGGGCUUUGGAAAUCCGUCAAAAUAGACAAAUGUUCGGUCAAUGCCAUUCUUUUGGAUUCCGAUCCACAGGAUAAUCACGAUCAAUUGAUAGUGUCACACUCCACGGUGGAGAGUUGCAAUGGAGACGAGCUAACGGCUAGGGGAACUACCCUGAUGCCCAAUAUUCACGGAUUUGCCCCUUUGAUGGCUAUGCUUUUCUGCCCAACCAUGCAGAUAAAGUGCAACAAAGAGUGCACCAAGUACGUUUCCAUUCUGGCUGGUCUUGGAUUCGAUAAGGAAACCAUGCAGCCCUAUUUCGAGGAGCACGAUAUGGUUAUAAAUUUGGACGUAAAUUUGUAUGAGGAUGAUGUCCGCAUGAUUAAUCAAAUGCGCUACAGCAUUGACACCAUGUUCUUUAACUUCGAAGGAGAGGACCUACCAUCCCUGAAUAUGAACGACCGUGUUGGCGUAUUUAAGCAAUUGAGGACCUUGCUGAAUCGUUUGCUGAGUAAGGAUCGUAGCUACAUUGAGCUUAAUGCAAGCAACUCUGAUUUUACUUGGGAGAAAGUGGAAAGGAUUGAGCCUCAACCCGAACCGUUCGGCAAGCGCUCCAUCUUCCCCAUGCACGUUAUUCCAGAGCUAAUGGAGGAGGAUAUCGGUACUCGCCUCUUUCUUAUUGAAAAUUGCAAGAAAUUGUACAAAUGUCGGAAUUUCGAAGGAGCUAUGGAUGUCCUAAACUGCAAGCUAUGUAAUAUGACUCUGGAAACGACUCCCCAACUACGUCUACACCUACUGACCCAAUUACAUCGCGAUCGCGAAAAGCAAAUUGGUUUCAAACAGGAGUAGAAAAUAGUUUUAUCAUAAUUAUAAUAACUGACGUUCUUAGUUUAUUGCCAAGUUAUUAUAUUAAUAUUUUUCUUUUGAUCUUAUGACUCAUCUUUGUGCCUUAGCUUCUU